AAUGCUCGACGAAAAUUUGGUCGACUAAGAUUGAUACAAUACACGUGAUGUGCACGUGGUCUGCUUAGUUACUUGAUUAAUGUUAUGGACCACAAAGGAAACCAACCCGCAGGGUCAGAAAGACCUUAUGGGAGAAAGGCCCACACGGGCCUGGAGACCACAAGGGCUUAGUAACCACAAGGGCCCGCGUCCCGCAAGGCACCAGCAGACACGUGCUAGGCAAGGCCGUAAGGGAACUAAGUCCACAGCCCCAAGAAGCCCACACGGGAGUACGCCCCGCAGGGACCUAGUCGACCAAAAGGCGACGACUCCAGAAAGCCCGCAGGGGAUUAAUGCCCACAAGGAUAGGAGGCAGCAAGCCGACAACCGACCUACAGAACGAUCAAGGGCAAGGAACUUAUCGCGCCCGCUUUGCGAGAUAAAAGGUGCCUGUUAGGUGGCAGAAAAGCGGUCGUCAGAAAAGUGGCAUAGAGGUCACAUGACGGACCCACACUGGAUCAACCCCCUCAGAUUGA